AUGGGAAAGGAAAAAACACAUAUUAACUUAGUCGUUAUCGGCCAUGUCGAUAGUGGAAAAUCCACGACCACGGGUCACAUUAUUUACAAAUUGGGAGGUAUUGAUAGGAGAACCAUUGAGAAGUUCGAAAAGGAAUCGGCCGAAAUGGGUAAAGGAAGUUUUAAGUACGCAUGGGUGUUGGAUAAACUUAAGGCUGAAAGAGAAAGAGGUAUCACCAUUGAUAUUGCCUUAUGGAAGUUCGAAACCCCCAGGUACUUCUUCACCGUUAUUGAUGCCCCAGGCCACAAGGAUUUCAUUAAAAAUAUGAUUACCGGUACAUCACAGGCUGACGUGGCUCUGUUGGUUGUUCCAGCUGAGGUAGGUGGUUUCGAGGGUGCUUUCUCAAAGGAAGGUCAAACCAAAGAGCAUGCUUUGUUAGCCUUCACCCUUGGUGUGAAACAAAUCGUUGUUGGUGUUAACAAAAUGGACACUGUUAAAUAUUCCGAAGAUAGAUAUGAGGAAAUUAAGAAAGAAGUCAAAGAUUACUUGAAGAAAGUUGGAUACCAAGCUGACAAGGUUGACUUUAUUCCAAUUUCCGGUUUUGAGGGUGAUAACCUCAUUGAGAAAUCUGACAAGACCCCAUGGUAUAAGGGAAGAACUCUAAUUGAAGCUCUUGAUACCAUGGAGCCACCCAAGAGACCAUAUGACAAGCCUUUAAGAAUUCCACUCCAGGGUGUAUACAAAAUCGGUGGUAUUGGUACUGUACCUGUCGGAAGAGUGGAAACAGGUAUAUUGAAGGCUGGUAUGGUCCUCAAUUUCGCACCCUCCGCUGUUGUUUCUGAGUGUAAAUCUGUUGAAAUGCACAAGGAAGUUUUGGAAGAAGCCAGACCUGGUGACAAUAUCGGAUUUAACGUGAAGAACGUUUCCGUUAAGGAAAUCAAGAGAGGAUAUGUUGCUUCCGAUACGAAGAACGAACCAGCCAAGGGAUGCUCCAAGUUUACCGCUCAAGUCAUUAUUUUGAACCACCCUGGAGAAAUCAAGAACGGAUACAGCCCUGUCCUCGAUUGCCACACUGCUCACAUUUCUUGUAAAUUCUUGAACAUUGACUCUAAGAUUGACAAGCGUUCAGGUAAAGUUGUUGAAGAAAAUCCCAAAUCCAUUAAGUCUGGUGAUUCUGCUUUAGUAAGUCUCGAGCCAAAGAAACCUAUGGUUGUUGAGACCUUCACUGAGUACCCACCCUUAGGAAGAUUUGCUAUUCGAGAUAUGAGACAAACCAUUGCUGUCGGUAUUAUUAAAGCAGUGGAAAAGAAAGAGCCUGGUGCCGUGUCUGCCAAAAACCCAGCCAAGAAAUAA